CCACGACUGUAGAACUCUCCAGUUCGUAGAAACCUACAUUGCAAGUAUCACGACACAAUGACUACAGCCCAUAGACCAACUUUUGACCCGGCCCGGGGUAAAGAGGCCCAGCGCGGUCCUGCCUAUCACCAGCGGCUAUUGCCUGCGCACAUGACAUUGAAGCACCGACAAGCAGGUCAGGGUGGCACAGGCGAUAACGAAACACGCGAUCUCCGAGCAGAGCUUCUUAAAGCUGAAGCCGCACACUACGCAAAAAAGAACGGUAACACAUUAUCCGAUGAUGCUGGCGAUGCUGAGGCAUCCUCGGCGGCUCCUAAGCGAACCAUCGAGGCCGCAACAGCAGAUGAAGAGGAUCAAAAUGAAGAUCCGGAAGUAAAAAGACGAAGAUUAAUAUUACAAGAAGCCAAAGAUAUCGAUGCAGACUCAGAGAAUUCAAGUGAUGAAAGCAGUGACAGUAGUGACGACGACGAUGACGAGGAAGAUGAACAAGCCGAGCUUAUGCGAGAGUUGGAGAAGAUAAAAAGGGAGAGAGCAGAGGCAAAAGCAAAAGAAGAGGCUGAGCGAGCUGCAAAGGAACAAGAGCAACGCGAAGUUGACAUUGCUCGUGGGAACCCUCUGCUGAAUCCAGGCGACUUCAAUAUCAAACGAAGAUGGGACGACGAUGUUGUGUUCAAGAACCAAGCCAAAGGAACUGAAGACAAGAAGAAGAAAGAAUUCGUGAACGAUCUACUACGUUCUGAUUUCCAUAAACGUUUUAUGAGCAAAUACGUCCGAUAAAUGAGUCUCGGUCUAGCCCACGGAAGACCUCCGGCGUGGCCGCGCCUCACCGUGGCUGGUGCUGUAGGCGCCACGAAUUGGGGGGUCAAUAGCCACUGUGGCUGCAGAUGCAGCUGUCCAAGGAUUGUUGGUGCUCAGCGAAGUCGAUUUUCACUGUCGCGGCCUUAUCUCGAUCUUCAACACAUUCGAUCGACUAUAAUUCCGCGAAGCUUGAAGCCCCCAACAUCAGAUCGGUAGAUCUUUUCCACUGAACCCUCCGAUCA